AUGUACGCAUAUCCAGAAGAAAUCAAGUGUCGGUGUUUCCUGGCGACACUGGAAGGGCAGGCUUGUGAGUGGUUUCACAAGUUACCCAAGGGGUCGAUAGAUAAGUGGGGCGACCUGGCCCACAAGUUCUUGGAGCACUUCGCAUCCAGCCGGAGACAAAAGCUCCCCUUCUCGCAUUUGCUCAAUGUGAAGAUCCAGAAGGGGGAACAGCUCCGGGAGUUCAUUAAUAGGUGGGAGAAGGAGGCUAGGGAUGUCCAAGGGGCGGACGACCAAGCCCUGAUCGCCAUGCUCCAAGCUGCACUCCCCCGAGGGGAUGUGCGUAAGGAGCUGCGACGGAAUCCUCUCUCGACCUAUCAAGAGAUGUUGGCCAGGGCGAAGUACCUGGCGCUGGAAGAGGAAGAUGAUGAGCCACCAGUCCGGAAGGAGAAGAAAAGCGGGCCACCGGUGGCAGAAGGGAAGAAAAGGAAGGAUUAUGGUAAGGGGCCGAACCCCACCGGGUAUCAUGCGAACAGGCAUCCCGUUCACGCGGUACAGUCGUUGCCGGCCCCUCCUCAUGGUCGGGAAAGCUAUGGUGUGCAAGAUGCACCCAAAUACUACGAGUACCACCGUAACAGCACCCAUAACACGUCGGAGUGCGUUACGCUAAAGAAGGAGAUGGAUCAGCUGAUCGCUAGAGGGCCACCUCCUCGGUCAGAGCGACCGUCCACAAGUAACCGGACCUAGAGGAGACCGCCAGCCCCCACGGCAGCGAUCACAGCAGGAGAGGGGCAAGAAGAUGGACGGCGGCACCUAGGGCGAGAUUGUGAUGACCU